AUGAGUCAGCACCCGCCGACGUCGGACCGGAUCAGUGAUAAAAUGCGAUCGAUGACUGCAAUCCUCAUCUCUUCCCCAGUCAGAGGUCUCCUCCUUCUCCCAGUCUCACUCUCUCCCUUUCUUCCCCCCCCCCCCAAGUUUCUACCUGUCUGUCGGUUGCAGGUAUUAAUCCGGGAGAUUAUGGCCUUCCGACGCCCCCUGGUGCUGUCGUCGACAGCGUCGGCACCCCUCCGGUCCGUGGCCUGCAAAACUUCUGGAGUCGCAGCUACGCUUCCCCGAUUCACCACCUCUCGCGCCUCGUCUAGCUCGACCUCCGCCCUCGCCUACAAGGCGUUGCACCGCCGCUCACCCCUUCCGCUGCCUGUGUCGGAUGCCUCCCCACAAUGGGACGCCCCCACGGCCGUCUCGUCGAUUCUCUACGAGACCCCCGUUACUCCGACCAACCCGCCGAAGCGGCACGUUCUGAACUGCCUGGUGCAGAACGAGCCCGGUGUGCUCUCUCGCGUGUCGGGAAUUCUGGCCGCCCGAGGCUUCAACAUUGACAGCUUGGUCGUCUGCAACACCGAGGUCGAGGACCUGUCUCGUAUGACUAUCGUGCUGCAGGGUCAGGACGGUGUCGUCGAGCAGGCCCGUCGCCAACUCGACGAUCUCGUCCCCGUGUGGGCGGUGCUUGACUACACGGACUCCGCGCUUGUGCAGCGCGAGCUGCUCCUGGCUAAGGUCAGCAUCCUCGGCCCGGAGUUCUUCGAGGAGCUGCUCCAGCACCACCGCGAGAUCACCACCCCCGGCGAGGCCCCCGAGGGCCAGAAGGAUGCGGCCAUCGAGCGCAAGCCCGAAUACCACCCUCGCAACCUGCCUCACAGUCAGGCCCUGAGACACAAGCACGAGCAUCUUGAUGCUAUCACUCGCUUGACUCAUCAGUUCGGCGGCAAGGUCUUGGAUAUCAGUACCAACAACUGCAUUGUGGAACUCUCGGCCAAACCCAACCGUAUCGAUUCUUUCAUGAAGCUCAUCGGCCCCUUCGGUGUCCUGGAGUCCACCCGAACCGGUCUGAUGGCUCUGCCUCGUUCUCCUCUCUCGGAGCCCAAUGAGGACAUCGAGAAGGAGGCUGCUGACGUCGUCGAUGCCAGCACCCUCCCUCCCGGUUAA